GAUAGGAUUAUCGUCAACCGCUGCCGUCAACGGUACAACCGAUAUCAUCUCGCGACAUUUAUAUAUUUGCCGUUACGGCCGACGGGCUGCUGGUGCGACGUUCCGCCUGUUUCAAAACAUAACCGUUCUUAUAACUUUGUUUGUACAACAACAGCAAAACCAACGGAUUUGACGAACCGUCGUACCCGUCUUUAUUCGGUCGUGGCAGCCGUGCGAUGGAAGUAUCCGUAUCCGCCGCGCCGAUCGACUUCAGCGUGUCCGUCAAGCGAACGCCACUUGACCGGUGCUCGUCAUCAUCGUCGGUGGCGUCAACGGCGUCUGCCGCAGGCGCCGGUGGAUCACCACAACCGAUAUCGGCACAACCGCGACCGCCGACCGGUUUGUUUGAGUUCAUUCAAAUGCACAACAAUUCGGCAACCGUCGGCGGCACUACAUCAGCCAACACCGGAAACAGUAGCGCGUUUCGUUUGGUAACUCCGAAAUCGAAACAUAAUGAUUGUAUUAAGUUUGGUAUCAGUCGACUCGUCGAAAAAAAUGAUGAAGGUCAAACGUAUGAUCGUUCUCGCGUAAAUAUAUUAAAUAAUAACAACAAUGAUAUCAUAAAAAGUUUAAAUCGUCCUGAUCCGAUAGUCGAUGUUAGAGAUAAUGACGAAAAUGCUUUUGGUACAACUACUGCAAAAGUGACCAGUCGAUGUUCGAUAACAAAAAUAUGGUCACCUCAAAGAAGUUCACCAUCUUUAUCCUCGUCAUCUGAAUUGUUGGAUGUUGAGAGUAGAUCGGCAUCACCUGAUAUCGAUGUCGUUUCUAAGAGAACACCAUCUCCAAUUCCAAGUACUGAUGUCAUGAUGACCAGUACCACAAUAAAACCAACAGUAGCCAAAAAUUCUGAAGCUUUUAGUGUAAGCGCAUUACUUAAACCAGAUGCACCACGGUCACGACACCUAUAUGGUCACAAUAACGACCGAAUUACCCGUCAACCAACCAGUAUGGUGGACACAAUUUCAGUGACUAGGUCUUUUUUACAGCAACACUACCCUACUGCUGUCCAGUUUCCAGAUUUGAUUGAAGAUACUCGUAAAGAUGGAGUCCAUCUACAUCCAGCAGCAAGUUCGCUUCUUCAAAAACAUUUCUCAGGCUUUGGCUUUCACUCACAAUUUUAUUCGGCCGCUACUAAUAUGCUGAACCAAUCAAUAUCACCAGAUCAAAAUGGCAGCGAUACACAUCCUGACAACAAUCAUGAUUUAUUGACUAGUUCAUUAUAUUUGAGCUUAGGUGCUGUCAGAGCGGCAGCUGCAGCCGCUUUUGCCCAUCCCUUGUCUAAUACAGGAAUGAGUUCAGCGGCUGUUAAUCCAUUCAGUCAACAAUUAUCGACUAAUUCUACUGAAGAUAUGAUUAAGCUCCGACAACAGUUUAUGACACCUAGUAGCAAUCAACCUUUAGCCGCUAUGCCACCACCACCUUCAUCAGUGGCUUCAGAUGGGCAUCUCAGACACCAUCACAUGCUAAUGAGAGGAACUGUAUUUGGUGAUGUUUACUCAUGUAUCAAAUGUGAUAAGAUGUUUCCUACAUCACAUGGUUUGGAAGUGCAUUCUCGGAGAUCUCAUAAUGGUAAAAGACCUUUUUCUUGCGAACUUUGCAAUAAGUCGUUUGGUGCCGAGAUCAGCCUCAAUCAACACCGGUGGUUGUGUUGUAGACGAUCCGCUCACAAUGUAGAAAAGCUAUUCGAGUGUAAACAGUGUGGUAAAACAUUUAAAAGAUCAUCUACGUUGUCUACACAUUUAUUGAUUCAUUCAGAUACAAGACCUUAUCCGUGUCAGUUUUGUGGAAAACGUUUCCAUCAAAAGUCAGAUAUGAAAAAACACACGUAUAUUCAUACAGGUGAAAAACCACACAAGUGUCAGGUUUGCGGUAAAGCUUUCAGCCAGUCGUCAAAUCUAAUAACACACAGUCGUAAACACACUGGAUAUAAACCGUUCGCUUGUGAUCUAUGCGGCAGAGCUUUUCAACGUAAAGUAGAUCUGCGUCGGCAUAAAGAAACUCAACAUACCGACUUCCGACCAGCGAGCAUAACGUAAACGGAAGCAAUUUCCAGUUAGAACAAUUUUAUUUAUUUAUAAUAUGAUAUUGUACAUAAGUCAUAGCGGUAAAAUAAUAAAUCAUUCAUUUUUAUUGUAAUAUAUCUAUUAGCAUACUCGACUGGAUGGUAUUUAUAUACUAAUACUAUAACCUAUUUAAUUUAUUUAUAAAUCUUUGUAAAUUUUUUUUUAACUGCAGUGGAAACGUUUUUAUAUUUGUUAUGUAUUAUUGGAUACUCCAUUUUUUUAUUUCCGAAGAAUACAAUAUGAGUUCAUAUAGUUAUGGGGCUGUUGACAUUGUUGAAUUAGAAUAAUAUCUUCAACUCUUUGAACAUGUACAAAAUCCCAAAGAGUUAAAAAUAUGUGUUAACUUAGAGUUGUUAAUUUUUUGAGAAUAAAAUACUAAGUAUAAACAAACGAAAUUCAUUCUAUCAACCUUAAGAUAAUAUCAAGUGAAGAUUACACUCAUUAUAUAAUUUUACAUGCAUAUAUAUAAAAAAAGCAUUAUUAUAAUUUUUUUUUUUUUACAUAGUUUUGUGUAAAUAAUGAUGUUAUUAGAUAUUUAUCUUUGUAUAAAUAUAACGUAUAAAUGUAUGAACGAAACGUAUUUUAAAGUUCUCAUGUUUUUGUUUUCCUAUUUUUGUUUUUUCAUUAUUUAUUUAUGUACCUACCUAUUUUCUACACAUAAUAGUUACCUAUAUUAUUAUUCAUGACUGUCAUUAUUGUAAUAUUAUUAUUAUUAUUAUUAUUUAGCUAUUGUAAAAGGUUGUAUGAAGGUAAAUCGAAAAUAAUUUUUAUUUUGCAUUAUAGUUAUAUAUUUAUUGAUCAAUUUUGAGGUAAAAUAAUAAUUGUUAGU